CGACGAGGACCCGCCUUUGUGCGUGCAUGAGUGAGCAAUCGGCGUUGAUCGCUCAUUAAUAAUGCGCAGAGUCCCGGGACUCCUGGCCGCCUCGGGUAGAAAUGGUGCAGGAGCUCUGACGCCCUGUCCCCCGUCUGGAUGCUCCUAAUGAGACCAUGCCGCAGCCAAAAUCCCGGAAAAUCGCCGUGCUGGGCUACAGAUCGGUGGGGAAGUCAUCUCUAACCAUCCAGUUUGUGGAGGGACAGUUUGUCGACUCCUAUGAUCCCACUAUAGAGAACACAUUUACGAAGACGAUGACAGUGAACGGGCAGGAAUACAACCUGCAGCUGGUCGACACGGCCGGUCAGGAUGAGUACUCCAUCUUUCCUCAGAGUUACACCAUCGACGUUGACGGUUACAUCCUCAUCUACUCUGUAACAUCCUACAAAAGUUUUGAAGUGGUCAGAGUCAUCCACGAGAAGCUGCUGGACAUGAGUACCAAUCAUUUUAGUUGGGAACAAGAAAGACUUACACAUGGAGAGGGUGAUCGGUUUCGAGGAAGGGAAAGCUCUGGCGGAGUCGUGGAACGCUGCCUUCCUCGAGUCUUCGGCCAAAGAAAACCAGACAGCGGUGGAGGUGUUCAGGAGGAUGAUCCUGGAGGUGGAGAAGAUGGAGGCAGGCCAGCCACAGGGUGGGACACCCUGCUCUAUGAUGUAGCUUGCAAAAACUUUGUCCUGCAAGCCCAACAAGCCCUUCCUGAUGUGUUCUGUUUCAACCAAACUCAGCACAUGACUCUGGAGUCUUCUGUCCUCAAGCUCAAAGAAGCACUGUCAAAGCCUCAUGGGAGAUGUAGUAGUUCCAUGCCACCAUGUUUCAGCUUCUGAGAGAGGAAAUUUCUCCUGUGAGCUCAGUGCUGAUGUUUUCAAGCUGAACUGUAAAAUGAAAUGAUUUUUCCUAAACAUCAGCGCAGAGCUGGGAGGAAAUUUACCACACCUUGUAGCACGUUUAACCUUUUCAGGACUUAUUUCUCCAUGAACAUGCACUAGAUGGCAGCAGAGAGCAGUUCUGAAAAUUCAUGUUAUUGGAGUAGAAACAUUUUUUUGUUGUUUUUGUUGUUCAAACUAUUGUUGAGUUGAAUGUAACUUAAGACCCUAAAAGUGUUGAAUCUUGUUUUACCAACUCGGUUUUGUAGCUGAUUUGCCAAAGAUACUGAACUGGCAGAUUUUCAGAUGGGUUUGGUAUGAUGUUUGCUUUGUAUGAAGGACAGCCUUCCGUAAAACACCAUGUGGCUCAUCAGUUGAACCAGAGAGCAGAAAAUAUUGUUCCAACAGAAAAUACUGCAUGAGCAAAAAAUCUGUCUGUUAUAACAGAUUGAAGAAUGUGACGAAACAGUGGGGAAAGAUUGUCAGUUUUUGUUAUUAUUAACUGAACUGAUUCUUAGGAUGGGUUUAAGGUGGGAUUGGAUUUUGAGAUCAUACCAUCUGUUAAAAUGUAUUUGAAAAGGAUUUAAUUCCAGUUUUUGACUUACUUAUCAUGGUGGUCGUUACUUCAGCCUGAAGAUGAUGACGGUGUCUGCUGCUGAACUCAAUCCCUCACUCU